AUGUGGUUUCCAACCAAGCUUGCGAAGAAAGUCACAUACUCCUCCGUAACUGAUGAUGAAGAGAAGGAACAUCUUUCCUCUCGCUUCAGUGACGUGAGUACUGAGAAGGCGGAAAGUGAAGGCUAUGAUAUGUCUUAUCUGAAGACAACACGCCGUUCUCGCUUGCCGUACAUCACGGCCAAUACCGCAGGGAUUGUCACUAUUGUGUUGGUCUAUGGACUUAGUAUCUAUGGCGCCGUGCUCGGGACCUGGGCAAUGCACAGCCAUAAUGAUCAUGGAAGUCCGUACACAAAGCCAAUUGCGUACUCCCCUGUGAUGGACAAAAUCGACAUUCCUAUGAUCUGGAAGAAGAUUGAUCCUUCUCUGUUCCCAGAACCUGGAAAUCCAGAGCAUAUCUAUCGAGGACGACCCAGCCCUGAGGUUGAUGCCGCGUGGGAGCGCAUCUCUCAUAUCGGAAUGCAUGCUCUCACAAAGCAAGAGGUUACAGACAUCGGCAAGAAUGCAACUGAGUGUGCCAAGACCAUGCCAGAAUGGGGGUACGGCCCUGACACUUACAUGUCGGAAAUUGACGUUUUCCAUCAGUUGCAUUGUCUUGACGCCCUUCGCAGAACCAAUGUGCUGAACUACGACUACUACUGGGGCAGUGUCUACAACUACGAGCCUCCCGUCAUGUUCGAGUCACAUGUUGACCACUGCAUCGAUAUCCUGCGUCAGAAUAUCAUGUGCAACUCCGAUCUGGACAUGUUGACCUAUAACUGGAGACACACGCAGCACAAUCCCUUCCCAGAUGUUGGUCCCAAGAAAUUAUGCCGGGACUUUGACGCCUUGAUGCGUUGGCAGGAGGAGGUGGAGUUAAAGGAUGAGCCUGCUAAGUGGGAGAAAAUUGUCCGGCCGGAUGAUGCUGUGCUUCUGCCAAUGCCACCACAUCUUGAUGAGCUUGUGGUCACAGGCUCUGUUGGUGGUCAAGAUGUGAAGAAGUUGACAGACAUCACAAGACCAAAAGACUGCCCUGCUUUUGAGUUGUGA